AUGAGCUACACGCUGGACUCGCUGGGCAACCCGUCCGCCUACCGGCGGGUAACCGACACCCGCUCGAGCUUCAGCCGCGUCAGCGGCUCCCCGUCCAGCGGCUUCCGCUCGCAGUCAUGGUCCCGCGGCUCGCCCAGCACCGUGUCCUCCUCCUACAAGCGCAGCGCGCUGGCCCCGCGCCUCACCUACAGCUCGGCCAUGCUCAGCUCCGCCGAGAGCAGCCUCGACUUCAGCCAGUCCUCGUCCCUGCUUAACGGCGGCUCUGGGCCGGGCGGCGACUACAAGCUGUCCCGCUCCAAUGAGAAGGAGCAGCUGCAGGGGCUGAACGACCGCUUCGCGGGCUACAUCGAGAAAGUGCACUACCUGGAGCAGCAGAACAAGGAGAUCGAGGCGGAGAUCCAGGCGCUACGGCAGAAGCAGGCCUCGCACGCCCAGCUGGGCGACGCGUACGACCAGGAGAUCCGCGAGCUGCGCGCCACCCUGGAGCUGGUGAACCACGAGAAGGCUCAGGUACAGCUGGACUCGGACCACCUGGAAGAAGACAUCCACCGGCUCAAGGAGCGCUUCGAGGAGGAGGCACGGCUGCGCGACGACACCGAGGCGGCCAUCCGCGCGCUGCGCAAAGACAUCGAAGAGUCGUCGCUGGUCAAGGUGGAGCUGGACAAGAAGGUGCAGUCGCUGCAGGAUGAGGUGGCCUUCCUGCGGAGCAAUCACGAGGAGGAGGUGGCCGACCUGCUGGCCCAGAUCCAGGCGUCACACAUCACCGUGGAGCGCAAAGACUACCUGAAGACAGACAUCUCGUCGGCGCUGAAGGAGAUCCGCUCCCAGCUCGAAUGCCACUCGGACCAGAACAUGCACCAGGCCGAAGAAUGGUUUAAGUGCCGCUACGCCAAGCUCACCGAGGCCGCCGAGCAGAAUAAGGAGGCCAUCCGUUCCGCCAAGGAAGAGAUCGCCGAGUACCGGCGCCAACUGCAGUCCAAGAGCAUCGAGCUCGAGUCGGUGCGCGGCACCAAGGAAUCCCUGGAGCGGCAGCUCAGCGACAUCGAGGAGCGGCACAACCACGACCUUAGCAGCUACCAGGACACCAUCCAGCAGUUGGAAAAUGAGCUUCGGGGCACAAAGUGGGAAAUGGCUCGUCAUUUGAGAGAAUACCAGGAUCUCCUCAACGUCAAGAUGGCUCUAGAUAUCGAGAUCGCUGCAUACAGGAAACUCCUGGAGGGUGAAGAGACCAGAUUUAGCACAUUUGCAGGAAGCAUCACCGGGCCGCUGUACACACACCGACAGCCCUCCAUCACAAUAUCCAGUAAGAUUCAGAAAACCAAGGUAGAGGCUCCCAAGCUGAAGGUCCAACACAAAUUUGUCGAGGAGAUCAUAGAGGAAACCAAGGUGGAAGAUGAGAAGUCAGAAAUGGAAGAAGCCCUGACGGCCAUUGCAGAGGAAUUGACAGCUUCCACGAAAGAAGAGAGCAAGGAAGAAGGGGCCGAAGAAAAGGAAGAGAGGAAAGAAGCCGAAGAAAAGUCUCCGGAGAAAGCUGCCGCACCUGAACUUAAAGGACACGAGGAGGAGGCCAAAGAGGGAGAGGAGGAAGAGGAAGGAGCCAAGUCAGACCGAGCUGAGGAAGGAGGAUCUGAGAAGGAAGUUUCUAGUGAAAAAGAGGAGGAAGGAGAGACAGAGGCCGAAGGGGAAGGAGAGGAAGCCGCCGAAGCUAAGGAGGAAAAGGAAAUGGAGGCGAAGGGUGAAGACGUGGCUCCCAAGGAGGAGCUCGUGGCAGAAGCCAAGGUGGAGAAGCCGGAGCAAGCCAAGUCCCCGGUGCCAAAGUCACCAGUGGAAGAGGCGAAGCCCGAGGCGGAGGCCGGAGCCGAGAAAGGGGAGCAGGAGGAGGGGGAAGGGAAAGUGGGGGAAGAAAAGAAGGAGGAAGCAAAGGAGGCUCCCAAGGGAGAGAAAGGAGAGAAAAAGGCGGAGCAGCCAAAGGCUGUGCCAGAGAAGCAGAAGGCCGAAUCGCCAGUGAAGGAGGAAGUCGUGGAGGAGGCGGUCGCCAAACCAGUAAAGGUGAGCUUGGAGAAGGCUGCCAAGGAGGAGGAAAAGCCGCAGCAGCAGGAGAAAGAGAAAAAGGAGAGAGCGGAAGAGGUGGGGAAGGAGGGAGCUUUGAAGGGUUCCAGGAAGGAAGACAUAGCCAUCAAUGGGGACGUGGAAGGAAAAGACGAGGUAGGGCAGGAAGCCAGACUUGGGCUAGACUUGAGCCCAGCAGAUGAAAAGAAGGGUGGUGACAGAGGUGAGGAGAAAGCGGUGGUGACCAAAAUGGUAGAAAAAACCACCAGUGACGGGGCAGAUGGUGCUACCAAGUAUAUCACCAAAUCUGUAACCGUCACUCAAAAGGUCGAAGAGCAUGAAGAGACCUUUGAGGAGAAAUCAGUGUCUACUAAGAAGGUAGAGAAGGUCACUUCACACGCCGUAGUAAAGGAAGUCACCCAGAGUGACCAAUAG